UGACAACGCUGGCUGGCAUGCCAGGUUCCUGGAGAUGGUCACAUCAUUGUCACUGAGUUUUUGCAGAGACAAUGAGCUUGCAAGAGUCUGCGUCCACCUACAAGCACCUGCAGCUCGUUUUUGAGGAGAACGGCGCCCUGCUAUGGCUCUUCCUCAACCGUCCAUCCGCGCAUAACGCGAUCAACAGGGAAAUUCGAGAUGAAUUACACAGUGUCAUUGACAAGCUCAUGGUCGACAAGUCGGUCCGAGCGGUCAUUCUCACAGGGCAAGGCAAGAAUUUCUCGGUUGGACUGGACUUGCGUGCACUUUUGGCGGAACCAGAAUACUUUCGUGAUAUAGAGAGUCAAGAGUUAUUCUCUUCGUUCACUUGGAAGAUGAGGCAAAUUCCCCAACCCAUCAUAGCGGCCUUGCAGGGGAAUGUCAUGGGAUUUGGAUUUGCAAUGGCUCUUGCCUCAGAUUUGCGAAUCUGUACGCCAAAUACAAAGAUGGCGAGUGCGGCAAUUAAACUUGGGCUGACGAGUUGUGAUAUGGGCAUUUCGUGGUUCUUGCCGAGAUUGGUGGGCGCGGGCAUUUCCUCUGAACUCCUCUUAACGGGUGGAAUCAUUGAUGCUGAGCGUGCGCUGCGUUAUGGAUUAGUGAAUGACGUUGUAGAUAGUGCGAAAUUGCAUGAGAGAGCUCGCGGUUUUGCGAAACAAAUGCUGGAGGCCAGUCCCAAAGGGCUAAGACUGACCAAGCAGCAAUUGAACGCUUCCUUGGAAUCGCAUUUGAGGAGCGUUUUGACUUCGGAGGACUCAAUUCAGAUUCAUCUCGGCAAUGAUAAGGAAUCCCAGGCCUUUGGCGAUAAACACAUUCAAAAGAUCACUCGUGGUGCCAAGUUGUAAAGUAGGACUUUUGCGGCACUGGGUCGAGGGGCUUGGUGGUGUAUUAUUACCAUUAGCUCUGUGUAUGUAUACAGAUCAGAAUAAAAAGAAAUGUUCUUGUCGCGCAACAUGUUCAAUUUCUGCAAAUAUGUAUCACU